CAAUCGUCGAUCGCAUCGUUGACCUUGCACAUCAUCAAAUGUUGUGUUGACAGCACCGAAGUGUAAUACCAAAACAUUAUUGUGCAGUCGACAAACGUGCACCUUAAUGUCAGCCACGCUAGACUAGUUUUCCUCUGUUUUAUGUUUUUAUCACGAACCCAAUUAAGUUGUAAAACAUGGGGCCUCCAAGUCCUUUCAAAUCGACGACAGCUGUGUUUUCCCUAGACGAGGAGAACAACUACAGUAGUCUUAAUACAGUUUCACUCAAUAGAACUUCGUUUGUGUCGGGGCCGAUGUGUCAGUGCUUACUUUCACUUUUAACCCUAGCUAUCAUGGCUUGCUUUGUCUUCAUGUUUCGGGAUUCCAUAUAUCAUGUUUUGUUGUGGAUAGAGAAACAGGAUACUUGGGUUACAUGUAUUAUGUUUACCGCCCUCUUCACAAUUGUGUCACUCCCUUUAACUUGGGGUUAUAUACUGCUCAAUCUUGCGUGUGGAUACUUGUUUGGGAUGCUAGCUGGUAUUUUGGUUGUUACUACUACAGCAGCAGUUGGGGUAUUUUGUGCACAUGUUAUUGUGAAGCAGCUCUGCCUCGGAUUCAUCACUACAAAACUUCUCAACUCCCACAGUCUCCGUGCAUUUGUCAAUGUUAUAUCUGGACCUCAAGCUUUCAAAGUUGUUGCUUUUGCAAGGCUCACUCCUAUACCAUUUGGACUUCAAAAUGCAAUCUUUGCUGGAAGCUCAAUCGGUGUUGGCCGUUAUAUGUUGGCAACAGCAUUGGGUCUAUUGCCUACUCAAGUAAUCAAUGUUUAUUUGGGCAGCACAUUACGAUCCAUGCAAGAUGUCCUUACUGACGAUAAUACCGCAACAACUGGAUACGUCGUAUUCUGCAUUCAGGUUGCUAUCAGUAUUGGCUUGAUGACCUAUGUUGUUAGAAGAGCAAAACAAGAGCUGCAAAAAAUUGUGCUGUUGACCACCAACACUCUACAUAAAGUGGAACUCGGAUUGCCCGACGAACCAUUCAGCAAUAAAUGUUGAUUAUUAACAACAUUGACUUCUGACAAAAGAAAGCUUAUGCACUUCAAUGUUCGCAAUAUUCACUCCGUUUGAUAAUUA